AUGUCACCCAAAAGCCAUGUGAUAAGGCCUUCUUUCACGCGCAUCGGCCGUGAAUUUCUUGGUACUGUCGCUGCAGCGUUCAGCGAGGCACUCUCAGCACCGAGUCAUGAACUACCAAGCAGCAUCGAGGGCGGCAAUGGCCCCUUCCCGUACAACCCGCUAACAUUCGCAUCGGGCUUUCGCAUUCUCCACUUGAAGCGCGUAUACCAACAUCAUAGCGUGGACGAGAAGGAUAUUCGGCUCUGCGGAUGGCUGGUUGAGGCUUCGAUAGGCGCGCCCCCGGAGUACUACGCCCUCUCAUACACAUGGGGCGAUUCUACACAAUGCGAAACCAUCGCCGUUGACGGGAAGCGGCUCGGGAUUACGGCCAAGGGCGCUGCUGCUUUGCGCCGCAUGCUGCGCGGCAAGAUACAGAGGUACCUCUGGGUCGACUCCAUCUGCAUCAAUCAGGGCGACACCCCCGAGGCGCUGGACAAGCGCGGCAGGCAAGUCGCCAUGAUGGGCGAUCCAGCAUCGGACGUGGCCAUCGUGGCGCUGAAACAACUGGCGAGCUACUAUAUUGGUGCCAAAACGCCUGGACCUCAGCAAGCAUUCUUUCGAAGGAAGUACGAGAAUCUGGUCGACGAUGAUGUCCUUGGAACCGACCUCUCAUCGGGCGAGGAGGUGGCCAUAAAGCUCACGUUCGUUCGAGACAGCCUCGAGGUGCUCCAGGCGAGAAGGACAUACGAGGCGCUGAACGGCGGGAUCGGAAUCCCGCGAGUGCGAUGGUUCGGGCAGGAGUGCGAUUUCUACGUGCUGGUCCUGGACGCCCUCGGCCCGUCACUCGAGGACCUUGCCAACGCCCGAAUUGAGUACAUCCAUUCGAAGGGCUUCCUCCAUCGCGACAUUAAACCGGACAACUUCCUGAUGGGGGUCGGCAGGCAGGGGAAUACACUAUACACGAUUGAUUUUGGCCUCGCCAAGGAGUUUUCCGAUGCCGAGCGUCGCAAGAAUGUGGAGGGUCUCCCGCUGGGUGGCACCAGACGGUACGCCAGCAUCAACAACCACAACGGCCGUGCCGCGCUGAUGCAGGACUGCGCCGGUGUUAGGUCGGUACCCACGCUCAUCGCCAGCGUGCGACGUGGACUGGCAAUCCACCUUCGGGCGAUAUCGGCGCCGCAAUUGGUCGUGAACCUUGAGACCGGCGCGUGUACUCGUGCCAUGUAACGGGCUGGGCCCGGUGUGAGCCUCGGCGACUCUCGGC